CAAUGUCAAUGCAAGACUCAAACUCAGAGUUAGACCUCUUCUGCUGCUCUUCUGGCAAAAGGAGCUGCGGUCACCAAUCAUAAAAGAUCUAACAUGAGCAGUUGGUCCGUCGAGACCUUUUCGUGAAGAAGCUCGUGCUUUUAAGCUGAGCUUGACUAGCGCUUAAAGGGUGUCACCAUCAAGAUGGCGAAUGCUGGUCGGGACCCCGUCCCCAACUUCCUGGACCUAAUUCAGAAGGAGAAGUGGGGCCGAGUUGCAGACGAGUUCGAAAAGCUGGUGGAGGGUUGCAAAGCGGCCGGCCUCGAGCCUGGAAAGGAACAAGAGCUGCGGCUCCGGUCAAACAAGGCUUUCAAGAAGAUGUCAAAGCUCAUGGAGAAUCAAGAGGUGGUCCGGGGCGUGCUCUCAAUCCUCACCCGAAGCCCUCGGAACGCGGUCCAAGUCAUGCACAGCCUUGGUUACAUUGCGGCUUGUGCCCAAAAUUGCUUUGCUCUGAAGGAAGUCUUUGAGCAGCGCUUGCCCCAGCAACUUGUGGCGUCAUUCCCCUUGCAAUGCUUGAUUCAAGCGCUGAGACUCCCUAUGAACGGGGAGGACAACAUCAGGAAGCUUCUGGGCAUGGUUCCCGUCAAAACGCUAGGGGCAUGGUUGGUGGCUCUCCUUGGCGAGGUGGGGCAAAUGGCACGCCUACUGGCGAACCGUGGGGAGCGGGAGGCGACGACGGGCGCGCACGAGUGCGCCGGGUUGCUACUUCAUCUCCUGCAACAACCGGAGCUAUUGCGAGCGUUCUCCCACUCGGGCGUUGGGCCUUCCAUCGAGAAAGCUGUGCAAGACCUGCUGCCGAGCUUGGCAAAUCAUCCGGAGGCCAAUGCGCAAGGGAGCAACGCGCUACUUAGGAUCAGCCAACUCAAAAUGGAGUCGGAACUCACGCUAGGCCCUAAAUUACCACUAACCGACUUCACAGCAAUGCGGCAGCUUUUACGGCAGAUUGAGGGGAGCUCGGGUCGCGCCCUCGGCGAGCUGGUGUUGCUUUUCCGGGCCGAGAUGGAGGGGAGGACGGUGUUUGACCACGUGGCCGUUCUGCAACAUUGCGACGAAGUCCGACGGAUUCACCAUGCGCUGCGCACGGGGUUAGAGAGCGCGGUACCGUCGGAGGGCCUUCAGAACAUCCUGAACAUGGUGUCGCUGUUCCUUGGAAUUGCGGAUUUGAGCUCCAGCCCCGUCGGGUUUGACCCCAUAGGCUUCAGCCUUUUGAGCUGCGCUGACCGUGUGUUGGAGAAUCAGUUGGUGCGGUCUUCGCCAAACCAUCUUUUAGAGGCUUUCGUGUACUGCUUCAACUCGGGUGAUGCGCUGCAAGAGAAGCGGGCCGAGGUGGCAAGGGUGGUCAUAAAGUGCUUGGACACGGACGUCCCGGAGAGACUUGCCGGCGUCAUCGGCUGGCAGUUCCUCGCGGUUCUGGGCGGCGCGAUACCGCAGUUCAGGACGUCAGGGUUUGCCGUCGGGGAAGGCCCUGCGCCGCUUUACCUUCUGAAAUACGGCGCCCAGUUCCGAGCAAGGCACCGGCCCGUCCGUACGUCGAACGAGGAGAUCAACGGCCAGGGGAGCAAGCUCGCGCGCUUGGCUCUCCGGGCAUUUCGGCAGUUGGGCUUCUCUUUUGAGAUGCCCGGAACCUACCCCAGCAGCGCGGCGCUCGUCCUUGAGCGCCUUUGCCGCGACAGUCCGAAGCUUCUAACGGCUUCUGUGCUCAAAGAGACGGAUCUGAUUGUAGAGCUGCUCGAGCAAGCGUACUCCAAGUUAGCAGGGGCGUCUGGCGGACCUCCGCGGAACCCAAUGGAACGGAUCCUUGCCGAGCAGUUGGCCGACCUGUGCUCUGCCCUCUCGUCGAUCGUGAAACAGUGCCUCGAAAGCUCGGAAGUCGACCGGGAGAGCUUCAUUCAGGUAGUCGCCCGCGGCAAAGCACUUGGCCUAUGCAGAGGCGUCAUGAGGAGGGUUAGGGCGGCAGGGACAGCUCUUCCGGUGUUCUUAGAGCCCCCCUAUCGGGCGCCCGGGCAGUCCUCUUUGGCGGCGCGGCUGGAGAAUCUCGUCAAGGAGCUGUGGGACAAGAUUGCCCUCCCUUUCGAACUGAAAGCGUGCAGCAAUGCGGCAUGCGCAAUCGAGGUCAUCGAGUCGAGGAAAAAGACGUUCAAGAAGUGCAGCGUAUGCGGAAACGUCCAAUACUGCACGAAAAACUGCCAGCUUGUCCACUGGAAGAAGGAGCACAAGGAACAAUGCAAGAAGCCUUCAAUCAUCACAGGUGUUUAAGUGGAAUCUACAUGGUGUACAGGUUUACUUUGAUGAUUACGAGAACAAUUGUCCGUGAGUGGACUCCGACCUUUGCGACGGGCACACGGUCUUGAGUAGACGGAACAUACACUGUUGACGCUACGUUGACUUGCUGUUUCUUGCAUGAAAUAAAGUUGCCUGUGUGCUGAGGAACGACUGGAACCUUAUAGAUGGACUUCAGGCUAUUAAGCUGACU